AAUUUCUGUACGGAUGAACCACAUUGGAAUAUCUUAAAGCGUCGACUUUUCCUCUGUUUUUGGACCUCCAGCUUGUUGGAGUCUCAAAGGUGGUAAUCAGCUCCUGCAGGACUCUCCUAGACCCUACUAUGAAGUCCCAUCCAGGAGUCUCAACAGUGCUGCCCAUCGCUCUCUGCCUCAGUUUGGCUCCUGUGUGUUUGGGAGCUGCCAUCCCUGCUGCAUGUGGAACCAUCUACAAGAGCUUUGCUCAGUGUUUACUCUCACUUGGGGACAGCUUGGUGGAAACACAAAAAGACCAAAAUACACAAGAUAUAGACUCGAUCUGCAGGUCCUGGAAUGCUUUUCAUGUCUGCGCCAGCACUGCCUUGGCUGGCUGUCCUGGAGAAGCAGCGGCUAUCUGGGAGUCUCUGAGGCAAGAGUCCAGGAAGACCCAGUUUUCCGGAAACCUUUACGACAUGUGUGCCAGCCGGACAACUCUUCCCCCCAGCGCUGUGCCUACACCUCAGAGCUCUGCCACCUCAGACCAGAUGAACAAGGAGACUCUGAAAGGGCAAACACACAGGCUGAGUCCCACCAGCAUCUCAAUGCUUCUCCCUGGGUUCAUCAUUCUACUAGUUUCCCUCCGGAGUUAG